AUGGAAAUACCAGACAAUGAAAGGGUGAUAAUUGAGGGAGAUUUAAAUGAACAUGUUGGCGAGAGGAGGAGUGGGGAAGAUAGAAUUUAUGGUGGAUGGAGUUAUGGAGAAAGGAAUGCAGCAGGGCACAAGACUGCAGAAUACGCUGUAUCUUUUGACCCAAUGAUUGCCAGUACCUUCUUCAAUCAUAGAAGAGAACAACUUAUAACGUACAGGAGCGGAGACCAUAAAAGUCAGUUAGACAAUUUGUUGACAAGAAGGAAAUACAUAAAGGAAAUAAAGAAUACCAAGAUUAUAUACAGGGAAAGUGUGGCUGCACAACACAAACUCAUAGUGGCCGAUUAUGAAAUGGGGGUGGGGAAAAGAUUGAAAUUACCAGAGGAUGUACAGGAGCGGUGGAGUUCUAAUAGCAAUGUAAUUGCAAAAGCUGGAAAAGACAAUCUGUGUGUAACAAAAGGAAAGGGACCACCAGAAGGUAAGGAGGCAUGGUGGUGGAAUAAAGAGGUUCAGAAAGUGACAAAAGUGAAGAAAGUUGCAAAAAAAAAAAAAAAAAGAAAAGAAAAACAAUGGGACUUAAGAGGAAUACAGGAGGAUAGGGAAGCCUACAAGACUGCAAAAAAGAUGGCCAAAAGAGCAGUGGCAAAAGCAAAGGCUGAGACAAUGGAAAAGGCAUAUGAAGAGCUGGAAAGAAGACAGGACACCAGGCAACUCCUACGGAUUGCUAAAGCAAGAGAUAAGGUGACCACAUAA